AUGGAGUUAUUCAAGGUACUGCUUGUUCUUCUUUUAUACGCUGGAUUACACUGAAUGGUUCUAGGUAUAUCAGCUGUGUCUCUGCAGUCAAAACCAGGUCUCUGGUUCGCGCACCUGCUACUUGAACGGAAGGUCACUCCAACAAGCAGAGUCAAGGAAGUACACAGCAGGACCACGAUAUACUCGAAAGGCUUCAGAGAUUGGCCAUCAAUUUUAUCGCAGGACAAGAAGUACUGUCAUAUCCGAUCCGUCUGACUAACCUAAAUCUCUACCAUCGGAGUUAUGCGCAAGCGAGUGGGGACCUGAGACAGGCGCGUCGCAUGAAAUUGAUUUCAAACUUCAGGUCAUUCGAGUUCGUGUGUGGGACACGUCGUUUUAAAACAAUUUGUGAGAGGAUUGUGUUUUCUCCGAGUUUCGGCGAUAUUUACGCGGACAUGAUGAUUUUAUGGUUGUAAAAAUGUUCCUGUGCUGCGGAUUCCACUACUCCCUCAAUGGUUUCUCUGUGAGCAAUGCAAGCAUCAACGUCUACUUGCUCCCAAAAUUCAAGUCGGUGGUGUGUUUCUUAGAGAGAGAGGAAUGCUUUAUUUUGAAAAUAACAUUCAAAACUUUCAGCAAAAACGGUUCACCAGUACACAAUGAUUACCAUAGAGAUUACCAGGUAUUGGACAGGUGGACAUAAUUAUAUAUGAAAAAAGGACUUUAAGAUGCAAAAUCGAGUUUUAGCUUUUGUUUUUCAGCAUCUUUGCAGGUGAGAUAGCGGGCAAGAAAUGGCAGUAUGGAAUUCUGAUAAACCGAAGUGCGACAAGGGAUGUGGCGGAAGUAUCGACGCAUGGGGCGUAAGGAUUUCGCAGCCAUUAACUCAUUAUGAAGGGGAUGGACGGUGUCAUUCGGAAUUCGGUCAGCAAAUUGCUCCACCGUAUUGAAGUGUCGCUGCACGAUGAUAUCAACUAAAAUAUGAUAGGAAACACCAGCAGCAGAGGCGAGCAUUCGAAUGACACGUGUAAAAAUACUUAGAUCUUUUUUAAGCAAAGCCGGAAAAAUAACUGGAGAACAAUAAAGAAUGAGUGGAAGAAUACAGCCCUCAAUGAAUCGCCAGAUUAAGGACUGGGGUGUGUGAUAUGAACGUAGACGGCGAAUGUAAUAAACCAGUUUUUGAAUUUUUGUUAAAAGGGUUUCCAUAUGAAGAGAGAAGGAGAGAUUUGACGACGAAGUAACACCUAGGUACCGGAAAGAGGAUACCUCAUUGGGAAGAAUAUCCAAAGGUUCAGGAAUGGGAGAGGGUCGCAAUCGAAACACACACUGUACUGAUUCCUGAUUUUUGAGUAGGAGUUCAUUAUUCGACGACCAUGCGAAGACAUGAUCUAAGCCAUCCUUUAAAGACUGUAGGUGAGUCAGGUUUUUGAGUGGGUGGCCAACGAGCAUGUCAUCCGCAUAUCUUACAUACAGGCAGUCGUUUGGCGAUCUCAAAUCAUCAGUAUGCAGAGAGAAAAGAUGAGGGGAUAAGGUGGAACCUUAUAGAACUCCACAGUUAUUUGGAAGAAUAGAAGAUUUGCUCUUUCCCGACUGGACAAACUGUGUGUGGAAGGAAAAAUAAUCUCUAAGCCAAGAAACAACCCAGCUUUUGAACUUGCUUUCACUGGCGGAAAGAGUAUGGAAAUCAUAGACGGCCACAAGCCGUCUGCGCGAGACCAAAUAAUGGCAUCAUCAAUCAGUUUUAAACCUGUGACCUCCAGGCAAAGAUCACUCGGCCAUGGUCACACUGACGGCGGCAACAAAAAUUAUACAUAAAUAGAAAAUCUCUCUAUAUUUGGGAAUCACUCAAAAUCUUUGUCACGAGCCAAGCUCGAGCCCGCUCACAAAAGUUGAGGUACGAGCGCAAGUGUCCCCACACUACAGUCUGGCAACAUCAAUGAUUACCAAAAUGAAUACAAAGGAAGAUGUUUCGGCAUUAGUUCACCCCCUGCUAGGCAGUCAAGUCUUGUACGGCGUGUUUAGGUCUCCUUCAGAAAGUGGUAGAAUUUGACAAAAAAUUGUUAACUUGAAGAAGGAAAAGACACGUCCGAAAAAGUCCGUCUGCUGUUUAGUCGACAAACUAACGCCAAUCGUAACAGAGAUUCCAAAAAAACAUAAUUUCUCAGGCACAUAUAAUGUUGACAUUGAUGAAAUCUCGUCCGAAGUGCUUAGUACAACAUUGGAGCCUUCCUUCUUUCAAGGAAAGAUCGAAAUAGCUCAUGCACUCCGUCAUUUAUACCAGUCCAACCAGCGUCAGCAUCAUUCUGCGUACAUAACCAAAAUGCUACAUCGUGCCGAAUCCGAAAGCCGGAGAGAAAGAUGCCGAAAGAGGCCAAGAAGACCACACAGAAUGAGGUCGUAUUCACUUUAAGGCUUCUUCUUCACCUCAGUAUGCAGGUUUUUGAAAUGACGCCGCUAUCUUUUCUGUUCUUCAUUCACAUGGGAUUGUCUUUAUGUGCAUCCUUUGGCCUAUGUUACUCAUUGUAUACUGAUUUUGUUCCUCUGUUUAUUCGAAAUACAGCAAUCCGGUCAUCUGAACACUACGCUAGCAUCCACAAUUCCUCCUGAUGUCGAUAGUUGCUGUUUUCAGUAG